GAAGCGCGGCUCCGGAUCCGCGCAGGCUUGACUUGGACUCGGUCCGAGAGGGACAGCAGGUAAAGGUGAGAACCGGCAGGACUGAAGGACGUGAGGAAGAAAGGAUGGACGGAAGGAGAGAGUCGGACGAGAGGAGGAUGCUGAUGUCGUCGUGCGGGAGCCUGUCGGACAGCAAGAACCUGCUCUUGGAGUACUGCAACCACGACGACGGCGCGUCGGCGGGCAGCAACACGGACGUGGAGGACCGCGUGUCUCACCUGGAGCAGCGGCUCCAGCUCCAGGAGGACGAGAUCCAGGUCCUGAAGGCGGCCCUGGCCGACGCCCUGCGCCGCCUGGCGUCCUGCGAGGAGCGGAGUCUGGCCUCCUCGCGGCAGCCGGGGGGCGCCCACGCCGGCAGCAGGUGGUCCCUGCCCGGCGCGGCCCCGCCCGCCAAGGUCCAUCAGCUGCUUCGGGUGGUCCCGAGCGACGGAUGCGUCCAGCACAAACGGGUCCUGUCGUCGCCGUCCUCGCCCAAGAAGGCCGUGCCGCAUUCCAUCAAGAGGAAGAGCAUGUCCACGGAGCGCCUCACGGUGGUCAGGAGGGAAGCGGCGGCGGUCGACGCUCGGAGUCGGGCAACUUCGUCCGGCAGCGCCGCGGGUGGGAAAAGUAAAUCCAAAGAAUGCACCUUCAAUGCAGAGGACGGCUCCGUGAGGAUGUUUCUCCGCGGCCGUCCCGUCACCAUGCACGUGCCCGACCGGCAGAGGGACGGCUACAGCCUGGACCACAAGGGGGCGCUACCGGGCCGCAAGCUCAAGCUGGAGUGGGUCUACGGCUACCGCGGGCGCGACUGCCGCUCCAACUUGUACCUUCUGCCCACCGGCGAGAUCGUCUACUUCAACGCCUCCGUGGUGGUCUUGUACAACACUGACGAGCAGCAGCAGAGGCACUACCUGGGACACAAUGACGACGUCAAGUGCUUGUGUGUGCAUCCUGACAUGGUUACCAUAGCAACCGGGCAGGUGGCUGGAAAUACGAAAGAUGGAAAGCGCCUAGCGCCUCACGUCCGGGUGUGGGACUCGGUGAGCCUGAACACUCUUCACGUGCUCGGCGUCGGCGUGUUCGACCGAGCCGUCACCUGUGUGUCCUUCUCGAAGUCGAACGGGGGCAGCUUCCUGUGCGCCGUGGACGACGCCAACGACCACAUUCUGUCGGUGUGGCACUGGCAGAAGGAGAAGCAGCUGGCCGACGUCAAGUGCUCCAACGACUCGGUGCUGGGGGCCGUCUUCCACCCGAUGGACGCUAACCUGAUUGUCACCUGUGGAAAGUCGCACAUCAACUUCUGGAACCUGGAGGGAAGCACGCUAACCAAGAGACAAGGACUUUUUGAGAAACACGAGAAACCCAAGUACGUGUUGUGCAUCGCAUUCGCCGAGAACGGAGACGCCAUCACCGGAGACUCCAGCGGAAACGUCUACGUGUGGGCCAAAGGUGGAAAUCGCAUCAGCCAGGUGUUGCCCGGCGCCCACGAAGGCGGCAUUUUCUCCAUCUGCGUCCUGAAGGACGGCACCGUCGUGUCGGGAGGUGGGAAGGACCGCAAGGUGGUCCUGUGGGACCGCCAAUACCGCAGGCAGGCCGACAUGGAGGUGGGAGACGCGUUUGGACCGGUUCGGGCCAUCGCGGAAGGCAAGGGGGGCGGACUGUUCGUCGGGACCACCAAAAACGCCAUUCUCAAGGCGGCCUUCCCUGACACGCUGAUGCCCAUCGUACAGGGUCACACGGACGAGCUUUGGGGUCUGGCUCUGCAUUCGCGUCUGGAUCAGUUCGUCACCUGCUGCCAGGACAAACUGGUCCACCUGUGGGACGCAAACACCCACCAGCCCGUCUGGACCAAAACCAUCGAGGAUCCCGGAAGGUGCGCGGGUUUCCAUCCGAACGGAGAAGUUCUGGCGGUCGGCACCAUGACUGGAAGAUGGUUAGUAUUGGACGCAGACACCCAGGACCUGGUCUCCGUCCACACGGACGGCGGCGAGAUCAUCUCCAACGUGAAAUAUUCCCCAGACGGCAACUUCCUGGCGGUGUCGUCGCACGACAACUUCGUGUACAUCUACGCCGUGACGGAGAACGGACGCAAGUACAGCCGCGUGGGAAAAUGCGCCGGUCACUCGAGCUUCGUGAUGCACGUGGACUGGUCCGACGACAGCCGCUACCUGGUGACCAACUCGGGGGACUACGAGAUCCUCUUCUGGGAGGCGCCCGGCGGCAAGCACGUGACCAACGUGGACGCCGUGCGAAACCUCAGCUGGGCCACGUCCACGUGUACGCUUAGCUUCAACACCUUCGGCAUCUGGCCGGACGGCGCCGACGGCACCGACAUCAACGUCGUGUGCCGGUCUCACGACGGGUCCCUGCUGGCGUCGGCCGACGACUUCGGCAAAGUUCACCUCCUGUCGUACCCGUGCUGCCAGCCCAGGGCGCCGGGCCACGUGUACGGCGGGCACAGCAGUCACGUGACCAACGUGGCCUUCCUGCGCGACGACAGCCGCCUCAUCUCCACCGGGGGGAAGGACGCCAGCGUCCUGCAGUGGCUGGUCGCCUAGGCGACGGCCGCCCCGCCUUUUGUCCACCGGGGGGCGGCGGCCUCUCCUUUUCGUUACGCCGGAUGAAAUGAAUGUUUACUCUGCUGCAUUAACGCGUCGAGUGUUUUAAAAACGGGAUGUGACGUGUAACAAAAAAAAAAAAAAAAAUAUUAGCGUUAGCGCUCUAACCGUGCCUGGACGACUUUUAUUAUUGCGUUUAAAAAUAAAAAAAAAAAAAUCCUCAAGUGGACUUUGCUUCUUAGACUUGUUGACCUGUGACGGGCUCGUUUUUAGAACGUUGUAGAUGCUAAUAAUGCUAACGCAGAUGCCUCGCGCGCACGUGAAUGUAGACGACGACAAAAAUUGCGUCAUGGCCCUUUAAGAGCAGCCCGGUUGCCUUGUCAUGUCGCCGUGGAGAUCUGCUUUUUCUCUUCCUCCUUCUUCCCCCUUUUUUCCCUAAACGUGGAGGAAGAGGAGGAUGAAAGGAGGGCAGAAUGUUGCCGAGGAUGGAGAAACUUCACCUCCUCUCUCUCUUUUUGUCAUCUACGCCUCCUUUCUACUUCCCUUCAAUAUUUUAGAACCGCCGCUUGUAAAAGAAAAAAAUGCGAGAUGUGCACCAGGUGGCGCUACAGCGCCCCCAAAAAAGUGCACGGGCAAGUCGCUUGGAAAAGAUCAAUAGAUUUAAUAUAUGUAUUUGUGGAAUUGCGCAUAACCGAGUUGGCUGUUUUAAAACGACGACGGGUGUAUUCUAUACUUUCCGGCAUUUGUGUCGUGUGGGCGUGUCACAUGAUUGGCACGCAGCUUGUUUGGCCUUUCUGUUUUGUUAAUAAAGUUUUCACCCAAAAAUGA